AUGCCGCGCUCCUUCCUGGUGGACUCGCUGGUGCUGCGCGAGGCGACCGAGAAGAAGGCGCCCGAGGGCAGCCCGCCGCCGCUCUUCCCCUACGCGGUGCCGCCGCCCCACGCGCUGCACGGCCUGUCCCCGGGCGCCUGCCACGCUCGCAAGGCCGGGCUGCUGUGCGUCUGCCCGCUGUGCGUCACCGCCUCGCAGCUGCAUGGGCCCCCGGGGCCGCCGGCGCUGCCUCUGCUUAAGGCGUCCUUCCCGCCCUUCGGUUCGCAGUACUGCCACGCGCCUCUGGGCCGCCAGCACUCGGCCGUGUCGCCCGGGGUCGCCCACGGCCCCGCCGCGGCCGCCGCGGCCGCAGCACUCUACCAGACGUCCUACCCGUUGCCAGAUCCCCGGCAGUUCCAUUGCAUCUCCGUGGACAGCAGCUCGAACCAGCUUCCGAGCAGCAAAAGGAUGCGCACCGCGUUCACCAGCACGCAGCUGCUGGAGCUGGAGCGCGAAUUCGCCUCAAACAUGUACCUGUCCCGACUGCGCCGCAUCGAGAUCGCGACCUACCUGAAUCUGUCGGAGAAACAGGUGAAGAUCUGGUUCCAGAACCGCCGGGUGAAGCACAAGAAGGAGGGCAAAAGCAGCAACCACCGAGGCGGCAGCGGCGGCGGCGGCGGCGGCGGCGGGAGCGCGGGUGCGGGCGGGGGAGCCCCGCAAAGCUGCAAGUGCGCGUCUCUCUCCUCAGCCAAAUGCUCCGAGGAAGACGACGAAUUGCCCUUGUCUCCAUCUUCGUCAGGCAAAGACGAGCGGGACCUAGCUGUCACUCCCUAGGUGCGCGCCGCCACCCCACCGCCAGGCGCUCCCAGCGUCUCUGUCUCGAGAUUAGCGCGGGAACCCAGCCCCGGUCCUAGGC